AUGGAUCCUAUGGAUUUCGUGCUAUCAAGCAACCACCACCGACCUUCCGGUCAUUAUGACCCUGUGCAUUCUGCCUCAAACCAUUGGGCACCACACUCUCAGACACAGAACUCACCUGCGUACCCGUGGCCUGCCCCAAACCCAAGUUUACCUCACCUCUACUCACAUCACUAUGCCAUGCCGCCACAAAGCUCUGUUCCAGAUCCGUACGGGCAUCAUGCAGCUAUGUUACCACCAAUGUUAGGCAUGUCGUCUCCGGGUCCGUUUGCAGGUAGCAUGCCUGGGCCAGCAUCGCCACGGCCAGGCGGCCGUGCUCAUUCGUAUCGCAACAACAUACCGGUUACCGUUGCUCCAAUGCCUCCUGGCACUGGUAGCUACAAUCACGAUGCAGCGUUCGCAAACCAGAUUCCUGCCAACAGACCUCCAGAUUUUCAGCCACAGGGGCUCGGUUUAGGCAUGCCUCCCCUCGGAGCCGGUCACCAGGAAGUUAAUUCACUACACCGUUCGGCAUAUGUCCAUGGCGACUCAAGCGCCAAUGGCAUGAAUCAUAGCAGCACUGGUUACUUUCCACACUUUCUCCCAGCCCCGCUACCCCCUCAAACCUUCAUCCCGACUUCGACAAGAAGAGGCCACUUCACUGCUGCAUCGUCAUCAUCCAGGUCAUUUGGUAAUCUUCCCUCUCCCACCAGACCUUCUCCUUCGUCAUCUGGAUUUCGGCGAUCUCACCCCAGACAACGCAGGCGCAUAAUGUCGACAGAGUCCGGACACGACGAAAAUGAGGAUGACGGGUAUCAUGGUCAUCGUGAGCAUGUUCUCCACAGUCCGAACGGUUCCGACUCAUCGCCAGAGGUGGAGGAGGCCUUAAUCCGGCAGAUGCAAUUUGUCAGAGGCUCUUUGAAGACGAAGAUGGUGGCUUCCCAGCUAACGCUCCAGUCACUCUUGAGUGUCACGCUUGAGGACUUACCCGAGACAGAUCGAAGUUGUGUAAUCUGCUAUAACGAAUACGGCAUUGAGACUCCAGAAGGCAUUAAAGAGGCUCCUCUUCGUCUACCAAAAUGUGGGCAUGUUUUUGGCGACCACUGCAUCAAGAAAUGGUUAGAGGAUUCGGAUAGUUGUCCUUACUGCCGAGACAGGCUUCACUCGGAACCCAAGUCACAGACAAAUUCGUCUGCCGCCGCAUUUCUAAGCUUGAUGAGAAAUAGAGGCGCGAGCAUCCAUCCAGUGAUGGCAGCGAGUAGUCCACAUGAUGAAGCCCUGGCACGGGCAAUUAUGGCCACGUAUGGAGCCGUAGACCCACGGAGCAACGGCUCGCCUCGAUAUUCAACACAAAUACCCGGAGAAGGAAGGUCACCUCCUAGAGAAGGUGGUGAACACCAGCACCGUCGACUUCGGACGCGGUACGGCAGCUCAUCCACGCGUGAUAACUUUGUCUUGCCCGAAAAUCGCAACCAAGCAGCGUCGAUAUCUUCACAGCCUGUCACGACUGGCCCUAAUCUAUCAGCCAUGCCACAGCAAACCGAACGUCCACCUUCGGAAAGACAGACACAGGAGUGGAGGGGUGUUCCCGCCCAGAAUGCAAACGACGGAUCAACAACAGUCCAAGAUCGCAACGCUGAAUCAGAAUCGUCAACUGGAGCGACGCCAAUAGUCUUGCCGGUGUUACCUCCAUAUGCAACACAAGACGCUGAAGGCCAACACUCAAAUCUUAGAACUCUUCGGAACCCAUUGCAAACACAGACGGGUUCGCCAUUUGAGGGUUUGGGAAACAACGAAACUGCACCAGAUAUGACAUAUCACGGCAACCGUAAUUGGUAA